GCACAGCUAUCAUCUUCUAUCUUAAAACCGAGAACCGCGACUCAUAAACAUCGAUUUCUUUACUUGGCAAACAUCAGCUCCAUCGCAGUGUCUGAUCAAACGCAAGAGACAUUAUUUAUCCCAAAUAUAUAAGUAUCGUCAUCAAUCCGGGCUUUAUCGGCUUCUAUCAACACCAUCCAAUCCUUCAAUUGGCACACUUCAAUCCAGCCACCUGAUCAUUAUCAUACAACAGAUAUUUCUAUCUCUACUUCAUAUCGUCAUUGAUCCGGGGUUUAUCUAUUUUAUUGCCUCUUCCUUAGGAGUGGACAUUUACAUUGUUCUGUCGCAACAAUCUUCAUAGCUUAUGUUUACGCAUAUAAUUAUGCGCUCGGUGGCCAUAGCCCCGCUGCUUUCAUCUUGGCUUUCUAUAGUCUCGGCCGCCACCACCCCUGCAGUAGGAUCGAAUAGCUUCACUCCAAAUGUGGUCCUUGUCAUUUCUCAAACUAAUGUUCAAGCCGACUGUACCAUAAGGCCUUCUGUUACUGUCAAUGGCACCUCACCAGGCCCAGAGUUACGCUUCAAAGAAGGAGACAAGCUUUGGAUCAGAGUGAUUAAUACCUUACCUGAACAUAAUUCCACUAUCCAUUUUCAUGGUUUAAGUCAGUUCGGAAGUCCAUUCGCCGAUGGUACAGAGAAAACUGCUCAGUUUGCAAUUAAUCCUAAUGGCGGUUACUUCGAUUACGAAUUUCAACUCCAGCCUGGCAGCGCAGGUAAUUAUAUUUAUCACGCGCACGUUGGGAACCAAUUAUCUACUGCACAUGGAGCCUUCAUCGUGGAGGACGACACAAAGCCGCCCUACUCUUAUGAUGAUGAGAUUACGCUUCUCAUGAGCGAUUACUACCAUACGGUGGACGAAGAGAUUGAGACCAACCUUCAUUCAACUCCCUUCAAAUGGGUAGGCGAACCUCAAAGUUUACUCGUCAAUGGAAAUGCGCUUGGAACUUGUGAUCCUAGUACAGCUAAAUAUGGAUGUGUAUCAGAUUGUCACCAUCAUACCAUACUUGUCAAGCCAGACACAACCUAUCGGGUUCGCGUCAUUGGAAUUACUUCGCUUGCCUUUCUCUACUUCGCUUUCGAGGAUCACCCGCACUUGGAAGUCAUAGGGGUCGACGGCGGCUAUGUCAAAGCCGCCAAAACCGAUCACAUCGAAGUCCAUUCUGGUCAACGCUAUUCAUUCCUUUUGAAGACUAAAUCUGAAGCGAAGUUGAAGGCACUCAACGGAAAACGAGACUUUUGGGGGCGAAUUGAGAGUAAAUGGAGACCUGCUAAAGUCCAUGGUGCUUUCGUAUUGAGAUAUGCCGAAACCAAUUCCCUGGAUCUGAGCCACACUACAAACGACCUUGAUCUCAAACUCAAUACCUCAUUACCUGAUGUUGACGUACAAGCCUCGAUAUCCAUCAACUCACCAACCACUAGCGAAGUUAAUCGCCGAAUCAUCAUCAGUGGUCAGCAACUCAAGUCGCCUGAAGGUACCAUAAAGUGGUUCGUCAAUGGAAAAUCUUACGUUGAAACUGAACCACAGCUGCCCUUUCUUGUACGCGCCUAUACCACUGGUCUCAAACCUGAUUAUGAGGCAGCGUCCAAAAACAAUGGGUUUGAUCCAACUGUAGGAGCUUAUCCUAUCAAAUUAGGGGAGGUCGUUGAAAUGGUAUUCCUUAACCUUGCUUCAACUACUAAUGUCUCAGAAGCACAUCCUUGGCAUUUACACGGACAAGCUGCCUACGUGGUUGGUAAUGGCUUGGGGGCUUUUAGUGAUGAAGAAUUGGCUAAACAAGAAGCCGCAAGAAAGCAUCAACCUAUAGCUCGAGAUACCCAAAUGGUCUUCGCUGGUAAAGGGGCUACUUAUUCGAAUACUACUGUACCUACUGGUACACAAACCGGAUGGAUGGUAUUGCGAAUGAAGGCCGAGACACCGGGAGCAUUUUUGCUCCAUUGUCACAUUCAGCCGCAUGCCUUCAUGGGAAUGGGUGUAGUACUUCUGAUUGGGAUGGAGAACCUCCCACCACUACCGCAAGACUUCCUCAAGGAAUACAUCACACCCACACCUCCUCCUCUACCUCAAUCAUAUUUCUCUCAUGAUCCCAACAGGCCCAAAGUGAAAAAAGGAACCACACGAAGCUAUAGAUCUAGACUUCCACGGUCUUCAUCGGUUGAGUUGCUUUGAAUGGUAUCAUCCACUAUCUAAUUUUUUCUCCUGCAUAUCAUCAACCCCCACAUCGCUUUUACAUCACCUACCAUCAAGACGUAGUUACACAUUCUCAACUCACGGCAACUAAUAGAGCUGUUUGACUAUUCAGUGGACUAUUUUUACACUCGAGUUUUCUUUUCAUCAAUCGCAUACACUUGGACAAAUUAAUUCGUUUUGAAUUUUCAAAAACCUUGACUUGAUUAUUUGAUAAAUAUCAAUCAAUUAAUCAAAUGGACUUACAGAAGUUAUUUAUAAUCCUCUUGAACCUUGAGUAAUCUUGAUUUCUGAAGUCCAUUUUAUUUACAUUUACACUGGUUUCAUAUCAAUUCUCCAUUGCAUCAUCUUGAAGUUGGUAUUUGUUACACACGACUUCAGUAUCUUUUGUCUAUUGGGGGAGCAUGUUUGGCAGUGUUAUACUUUUCAAAUGCUCUUCAUAAUUGUGAGCCUACUAGUGUCUGUCAGGCUAAUAGAGCCAAUAAAAAGUUGUGUUGAUCAAUACUUACAAGUAUGAGCGGGGACAGACUUGGGCAUAAGAAGGCGUAAGAGCUUUACUUGUAACAACCGGGUACAGACUUGGGCGUAAGAAGGCGUAAGAGCACCC